CGCCGGCUCGGCGGGGCCGGCACUGAGCGGGCGGCGGGUGCCGCCGCCAUGAAGAGCCCCCGGGAGGCCGGGGGGCCGCCGCCAGUUGACUGCAUCCAGCUGAAAGUGCCAGUGAUUCAGCAGCUGUACCACUGGGACUGUGGGCUGGCCUGCUCCAGGAUGGUGCUUCAGUACCUGAAUCACUUGGACAAUGACGAGUUUCAGAAAGCCAUCCAGGAACUCCAGUUAACAAAGAGUAUCUGGACUAUUGACCUGGCCUACCUAAUGCGGCACUUUGGUGUUAAGCAUAAAUUUUGCACCCAGACACUUGGAGUGGACAAGGGCUACAAAAACCAGUCAUUUUACAGGAAGCACUUUGACACAGAGGAGAAUCGAGUGAAUCAGCUCUUUGCACAGGCCAAAGACUGCAAGGUGCUGGUGGAGAAGUGCACAGUAACUAUUCAAGACAUCCAAAACCACCUGUCCCAGGGUCACGUAGCCAUCGUCCUAGUGAACGCAGUCCUGCUGCUGUGUGAUCUUUGCUCAAGUCCUGUCAAAUAUUGCUGCUUCCUCCCCAUCGGACAGAAGUGCUUCUGCAGGAGUCCUGACUACCAGGGCCAUUUCAUUGUGUUAUGUGGCUACAACAAAGCCUCAGGGAGUAUUUACUACAACAACCCUGCCUAUGCUGACCGAACAUGCUGCACCAGCAUCACUAACUUUGAGGAAGCCAGGACAAGUUAUGGCACUGAUGAAGAUAUUCUGUUCAUCUACACAGACAGCUGACACCCACAGUGGAUACUCCUGCUCCUUCCUGCCCAGCCUGCAUGGCAGCUGGCUGCUCGUCUCAGGACUCCCCUGCACAGACCUCGCUCCUGAACUGCAGUGGGACCUCAAACAAGGGAGGCUUUAUGGACAUUGACAGGACUGUAUUGCAAUGCAGUCUUUACUUUUUUUUUCCCUGAUGAUGUAUCUGAUUUUGCAAUGUAUGUCUCUGGUUUUUUGUUUGGUUUCUUUUUUUUUUUUUUUGUAAUUUUCAACAUUGCACAUUUCACAGCAGUUCUAAAAUACAGGCUCAGAGCCUGGUCACUUUCGGCUUAUUUUCAAAUUAAACACAUAAGAAAAAAGCACCAAAUUUAUGAACUUUAACACUUGGUAAUACAUGCAUAGGUUUAGGUAAACAAAGAAAAAAAGUAGAAAAUACCUGUUUCUCUCUGUCGAAGCAUCAGGAGCUGAUCUUCAUCCUAAAUCUAGGGAUCUGAAGUUCAGCAGGGUAUUACAGAAGGAAAAACAUUAACUUAAACCACCUUUAAAUAACAAAAAAAUGCCUUUCUAGCUCAUCAGUAUUGUCUGCAUUGUAGGAAUGAAAAACAUUUACUCAAGGAAACUUCCCAUGUACCAAAUUCACCUUAUAUACAGAUUUGGCAUUUUGCAACUGCGUUAAAUUUUGAGUUGUAGUUAGUGGCAUUGUCCCCUUGCACUACAAACUCAAUCUCUUUUGGCUAAAUCCUCUUGGUGACUGCUUAGAGCUCUCAAAAUUUAAGUGAAGACACUUUAUUUCCACCUCGAAGUCUUUACUGCUCUCUGCAAAAAAACCUGUGAAUGUUACGCCACGCACACGUGCCAGUUUCUGCAGAAUCCA